AUGAAUUUCAAGCUAUUUAGCGUCCUUCUCACUCUGGGGACUCUGUCUCAGGCAGCGUUCAACCAGGGUGCCCUCAAUGCGUUCAACCAUGGGCUCCCGCGCAACUACCAGAAGCGUCACGUCGCGUCUCCGCUGCCGCCAACACUGCCGAAGCGUGAGAAAUCCCGAUUCUUGACCGAAAAGACCGAGAAGUUCGUUGUCGAUGGCACUGCCAUUCCGGAGGUCACAUUUGACGUUGGCGAGUCGUACGCUGGUCUACUGCCCAUCUCCCAGUCGCCUGACGAGGAGAGAGAACUCUACUUUUGGUUCUUCCCCUCCACGAACCCCCAGGCAGGCGAUGAAGUCGUCAUUUGGUUGAAUGGUGGUCCUGGCUGUAGCUCGCUCAGUGGGCUCCUGACCGAGAAUGGACCAUUCCUGUGGCAGGAGGGCACGCUUGCUCCCACUCCCAACUCUUACAGCUGGACGAAUCUGACCAAUGUCAUCUGGAUUGAACAGCCAGUUGGAGUUGGCUACAGCCAAGGAACCCCUAACAUUACCAACGAAGUCGAGCUUGGUCUGCAGUUCGUUGGGUUCUGGCGCAAUUUCAUCGAGACAUUUGACCUGCAUGGUGCCACAACGUACAUCACCGGCGAAUCUUACGCCGGCUACUACGUUCCUUACAUAGCAGACGCCUUCAUCACGGCAGCUGACGACACCUACUAUAAGCUCGGCGGAGUCGCUAUCAACGACCCCAUUCUCGGCGAUAGUGCACUUCAGCAGCAGGCUGUCAUUUUCCCCUUCAUCGAGUACUGGCAGAAUCUUCUCUACCUCAACGACUCGUACCUUGAUGCUCUGCGGUGGACACAUGAGUACUGCAACUACUCCACGUACCUUGACACAUACGGCACGUUUCCUCCUCCUCCAGGGCCCUUCCCAGUCCUGGAUGACCCUUAUGCGGACACAACCGGCAACUACACCUGCGACAUCUUUGAUUACGCAUAUCAGGCAGCUAUCGAGCAAAAUCCUUGUUUCAACAUCUAUCACAUAACCGACACGUGCCCCUUCAAAAUUUCCCAGCUCGGCAUUGUCAACGAGGGCGACUAUGCGCCCCCCGGUGCCCAAGUGUACUUCAAUCGCACAGACGUCAAGAAGGCUCUGAACGCCCCCGACGUCGACUGGUUCCAGUGCACUCCCAACAACGUCUUCGGCGGCGGCAACUCGUCUUCUCGAGCCAGUGACACCUCUCUCGCACCCGCUCAGAACGACGUUCUCAAGCGCGUCAUUGAGCACACCAACAACACCAUCAUCGGUGUCGGCCGCCUCGACUUCCUCCUACCCCCCAAUGGUACCCUCUUUGCCCUGCAGAACGUCACGUGGAACGGCGCCCAGGGGUUCCAGAGCUACCCGCAGGACCAGACCUUCUACGUGCCCUUCCAUCCCGAAUACAACAACGGUCGUCUCAGCGAAUCCGGUACGGUGGGCCAGUGGGGCUAUGAGCGCGGCGUCACGUACUACGAGGUGCAGUUGGCCGGUCAUGAGCUCCCGGGAUACUCUGCUGGCUCGGGAUAUCGUAUCCUCGAGCUUCUCGUGGGACGUAUUCGUGACCUUGGGGUGACGGAUAGCUUUACGACUCAGAAAGGCCCGUCCAAGGGUAAUUGUACCAGACGACAUUGA